AUGGCUGCGGGUCUCCGUGAGCCUCUUAGGCCACCUGCUGUAGGCAGCUCCAGGGCCCACCCAGGGGAGCUCACCUCUAGCGGCAACCCAGGCCCAAGUGUUCUGGCCCCAAAUCUGACGGCCAAGGAGCAGCCCUUCCUAGCGAGGAGGGGCUCUGUGGCAUGGCGCCUUGUCUCCUCCACCCCUCAGCAAGCAGACGAGCAGCCUGCCUGUGACGAAGGCAGGGGCACCCAGGCCACAGAGGGGAAGUGGAAUAGCAGUGCCACCUCCCCCACAGGGCUGGGGCGGGCCAGUGACGUGCGGGGCACAGGGCCAGACAGGUGGAGAUCAGGCCUGGCUGCACUGGGCCACCCUCUCCCAGGGACAGGCUCCCUGCUCCUGGAUGCCCACAAGCCUCAGCCUGCCUCUGCCCAAGGUCUGGCCGGAGGGUUAAAUGAGGUGGUGUAUGGAAAACUCGACCUGGCGCGCCUGGGCGUCAGGACUCGGUCCCUGCAUUGUGCUCGGCAGCCCAGCGUGAUAGAGCUAGGAGCGAGGAGCAUGGGGGGCAGGGACGGGCCAGAGCCCACCCUGUGCGGCCAGGCCGAGUGCUUCGACCGGCUGCUCCGCCUGUGUGUGGCCUGCAAUCUCUUCCGGACGCCCGAGCCCAGCCCGGCGGCCAGUGCGAGCAGCCCGGCGACCGGGACGGCGCUGCAGCCGCAGGAGUCUGUGGGCGCGGGUGCCUUCCCCCAGGGGGCGCUGCCACUGCCAGCGCUGCUCUUCGGCGCCCCCGCGCUGCUGGCGCUGGCGCUGGCCCUGGGCCUGGUGGGCCUGCUGAGCUGGAGGCGGCGGCGGCGCGGGGCGGUGCCCCUGGAGGCCCCGGACCGCGACCGCAACGGGACCCCGGACAAUGUCAUCAUCCUCUCCCCUGGACCCAUUGAUGCCACAACUCCUGUCUGGUCUCCACCUGAAGACCCAGCUACCACCCCACCUGGCCACAGUGUCCCUGUGCCAGCCACAGAGCUGGGCUCUACUGAGCUGGUGACCACCAAGACAGCCGGCCCUGAGCAGCUGUAGCGAUGGAGGGGGCAGGAGGUGGCCCUGUCCUCCCUGUGGGCCGCCAACCAGGGGCUUGGAAGUUGAAUUUGGCUCUUCACCCCAGCACCCACCUGCCCCUUCCUGGAAGCCAGGCAGCUCCCCUGCUGAACCCUGCAGAACCGCAGACACUACAGACCACAGUGCUCAGAGCCAGCAUGGACUGUUCGGCAUGUUCGCCUUUAGCUUCAGACCAUACCAUCUUUGACAGCCCUGGAAGGUUGUAUCUGAGCUCCUGUGCUUUUGAACGAUUGGGGCACCACAUAGGGUUUUCCUUUAGAGUGGGAAAGCCACCAUUUCACCAGAAUGAGUCUAAGUAAAGGAUAACGCAGGAGGAUGCUUAGUUUGCAACUAAAACCAAAAAACCAAACGAGUUGCCAGUUCUGACUCAACGGUAACCCCAUGUGCGCAGAGUAGAUCUGUGCUCCAUAGGGUUUUCAAGGCUGUGACCUUUAGGAAGCAGAUUGUCAGGCCUUUCUUCUGAAGCGCCUGUGAAUGGGUUAAAACCUCUAACCCUUCGGUUAGUAGUCAAAUGCUUAACGAUUUGUGCCAUCCAGGGACUCCUGUUUGUAACUAGUUGUAUUUCUUUAAUACUUGCUCUCAGAGCUGUCCUGCUUUUAAACUGAUGUAAAUGGUAGCAAUGAGUUUGCUUUGAGAUUUAGUUUGCUUUGAGAAUUAGGGAUGAGAAAUAGCCUGCCUGACCAAACGGGCAACAAUUACUCAAAAGCAAAGGUGAGAAGAUAAGAGGACAGGGAAACUAGAGUACUGAAAAGGGAACA